AUGACGUUUGGGAAUUUGAUAGGGAAAGCCCUAUCCAGUGGGACUACAACCCCUGAAUCGAAGACGCCGAGCUCCAGCGUCCCAGCACAAGGUCUGCGCCGCAGCGAUAGUCAGGAGACUCUUCAAUCAGGCAUGACUCCCAUCAGUGAGAGAGAGGAGCUUGAGUCUGUGCAGAGUUACAGAGUCCCCGAUCCACCUCUCAACACUCCCUACGGACCGCUCUCCGAGUACAACAAUUCCAUCGCGGGCGACAACCCAAACGAGGUCGACCCAGACAGUCUGAAGGAGAAGCUUAAGGGCAUGCCGAACAGCAUCGAGACUAACACGCCACCAGCUUCCGUGCGUGACAAACUCAAGAGUAAGGUUCAUUUCUCCCCAGGCGUCGAAGUGAGGGACUUCGCAGUAUGGCAUGAUGCGGCCGAAUCGCUAUCAUGGUGCUCAAAGUUGACGACAGAUGGUCGAAUAGGCAGUUACGGUCAGCUGAAGCAAUCGCCUUUCAAGGGCACGCGUGGUACCAAGACACCACCAGCGAUUGUCGAGUUUCCCGAGCACAGCACUUGGGCUGGAGUUGCGGAGGAGGAUGUCACGUCUGGUCUGAAGCGUCUCACCAUGCUCGCCAAGGACGAGAACAAGCUCAACCCCUCCAAGUCUGUGUCCGAGUACUUCAGCGAGCGCUUGGCCAAGCUCAUCAAGGACGCCGAGCCGGACUUCAACCCGAAGACUUUGGAGUGA